CGGAUAGGAGAGUCCAGUGUGCAAGCGACGAGAACGUAAUCAGAUGGUGGUGAAGACCGUGGAUUGACAGGUCGCGGGGUGCACGAGAGUGAGAGAGAGAGAGAGAGGGAGAGAGAGGAAGAACAAGCAUUUACGCGACGACGGUGGCAUAGGCUCUCUCUCUGUGGCAGGGACGAAUUUUUUUCUGUGUGUAUGCGCGCGCGCGCGAGAGAGAGAGCAAGCGAGAGAAAUAAACAGCAAGGAAAAAAGAACGAGAGAGAAAGAGAGACGGGCAAAGCGACUGGCACGAGUGAGAGAGCACGGCUAGUCGACGAACGGGCUCGUCAUCGACGGUGACGAAAUGAUCCGCUAGCCUCGUGCUUUCUGGCCUGGCCCGGACGACAAAGAGGCCGACGAGGACGAGGAGGAGGCGAACGUGUGAAACAGGAGGUGACGGAGGAGCAGGACGACCACUCUUGUCUGGAAGUGCGUUGCCACAGUGCUCAAGUACGACCGCGAGGGCUGCUCUCUCCCUCGCGCUAAGGGUGUCCUCGGAAGGUAUCCGUGAGGCGCUCCAUCCAGGGGGCCCACCCGGGCACGGCGGCCUGUGAUCGGGCUCAGCUGAUCCACGCGCAGCGAGCCAGAGGAGGAGAAGGAGAAGGAGGCGGCGGAGACGGAGGAGGAAGCGGCGGUGGACGCUAGCAGCGCUGCGGGGCGCAAGGAGGGACUCCUGCCAAACACAGCCGGACGAUCAGCAUCGAUAAAAUAUGUCGUCCCCCAGCGCCGGCAAGCGACGUAUGGACACGGAUGUUAUCAAACUUAUAGAAAGCAAACACGAGGUGACAAUCCUAGGAGGGCUAAAUGAAUUCUCCGUUAAGUUCUACGGUCCACGAGGGACGCCUUACGAGGGUGGCAUAUGGAAGGUGAGGGUUCACUUACCAGAACAUUAUCCGUUCAAGUCUCCUUCAAUCGGCUUCAUGAACAAGGUCUACCAUCCUAACAUUGACGAAGUCUCAGGCACGGUGUGUCUAGACGUUAUAAACCAGGCUUGGACAGCCCUUUACGACUUGUCGAAUAUUUUCGAGUCUUUCCUGCCCCAACUGUUAACAUAUCCCAAUCCAAUCGACCCCCUGAACGGCGACGCUGCCGCGAUGUAUCUUCACAAACCGGAAGAGUACAAGAAGAAGGUAGCGGAUUACGUGAGGAAGUACGCGACGGAGGAGGCGCUGAGGGACCAGGAGAAUGGCGGCACCGGCAACGGGAUGUCCUCCGACAGCGAAUCCUCGAUGAGCGACUUCAGCGAGGAUGAAGCCCAGGACAUGGAGUUGUAACCAAAUAUUUUACCAUCCGUACCCAUAUCCUUAAUCUCGAUUCCCUGUAAGACCCGAUCGCUCGUCCUACCAAAUAGAUGCUUACACCCGAGACUCCGAGCUUCACUACUGGCGAUGGCGACGAGCCUUGUCGUCGUCGUCGUCAUCGUCGCUGUCGCCGCCGCCACCGUCGCUCUCGUCGUUCGGCGCAUGUAUGUCGAAUGUCCAACGAGAUGGUUGUCGUUGAUUGCGCAUACGCCCAACGGACGACCCGAGCUUCGGCUCGGCGAGAGUGAAAGCGACAGUGGCGAACGAGCUGAGAAGGGAGAAUCGUGCGGGGGUGCGCCGCGCGCUUCUCCGUGGAAGGGAAGCGAUCCUCGCCGAGCGCACCGAGGGACGCUUUCGGCCACGGUAAUGUCUAAUGAUCCGUUGCCCGAGCUCCAUUGAGUUGUGCCGUUAAUCCGUUUGCUGCGUUCAAUUACCACGAUCACGAUGAUGCGUUCGUCCGCGCGCAACGAACGCGCCGGCACGGACGUAAUCCGCGCUCUCUGCGCACGGAGUCUGAUUCUUCUCUCUCCGGGGAGAGCGUAGGGAACGGAAAGGAAGGGUAUGAGGAGAGGGAGAGAAAGUGAUAAGGAGUGAUAGAGAAAGAGAGAAAGAGGACCAUCCCUGGUAUUUACGGGUUAUUAUAUAUCUAUGCGUUGGUCGACGCGACGUCGAUUUUCCUAAUCGCUCGUAAUGCCCGGGAAUCCUGACAUCGAUCGGGUCAGUGCGUCAUCCUUGUGCGUAUCUACGAUACGUUUCUGUGUGAUUGAGAAGCGACCGUAAACCGAGACGAAAAUGCUUAGCAAUCGUACGAUGUGUCAGCUACAGAGAAAGAGAGAAAGAGAGAAAGAGAGAGAGAGAAAGCGAUAGGUACACGGCCGGUCGUGUCUCCCCCGUUUCGAGAUUCUCUCGCCCUCGUUUUUUUCUCGUUCAUUCUUUUUCCGAACGUCGCAGGUGUAUUCGUCGUUGUGAUAUUCGAAAACGCGUAACAAUAAUGAGGGAUCAAGCCCUCCUGUCGAAGCACGGGCUGCGCGUCUCUGGAGAAAGAUGCGCGCCACACGAUCUCGGCGUGCACCGAUCCGGCAGUCGCAUUUUCUCCACAACUAACGACUCCUUUGCUGCAGUUCAAGUGCUGCGCCAGAGAGCAUCUCUGUUUAAUUAAUGAUAUUUUCAUUAUUCGAAAUUAUACGUUAGCACAAUUGUUUAUCUUGCUCCCCAUUAUGCGAGUUUAUCAAGGAUAUACUUAAGGAUUGCGUUAGAGAGAGAGAGAGAGAGAGAGAGAGAGAGGAGGGAGGGGGAUAAAAAGAGAGAAGGAAAACGACAGGAAAGCAAGAUACGAUGAGUUGGUCUUCGCAAUACUUUCUUUUCUCGCAAUCGAUCGAUAAGGAAUCGUAGCGUCUCGCGACGAUUUUUCCGUUAAAGCAGGCCUUUGUUUAUGCAAUAAUGAGAGGGCACACACACAAAAUGUGAUGGAGUAUGGGUACUAGCACCGUCUUCCUUUUUCCUGCCAUCACCAUUCCCAAAACGUUUCCCUCGUAGGACGCAUCAACUACCAAUUGCCACGUCGUCGUCAUCGUUGUUGUCGUCGUCGUCGUCGGCGGCGGCGGUGGAGAAAAGAUCGAAUCUACCACGUAAACGACUGUACGGCCGUGACACGCACGUCGAGACAGUGCAACCGCCGUCCAAGGUAGCGCGAUCGUCCUACUGCCGCGGGGGAGGGAGUGCAAACGAGACUCUGAAUACAUUUCGAGCAUCCUCAGCGGCCCGUUUCGGACUGCGCGCAGCGGACGGGCGAUACACGGAAGAGACGCAAGCGGACGGAACUGCAGGACUGUCCACAUCGCGUGCCCAUUUCCCGGAAGUGAAUGUAGUAGAUAUUUAGUCGGGAGAGAAGGCUGCGAGUUGGACGACAUUUAAUGUCUGCCCGCGAAAUUUUAAGUCAAUUUAUAUUAUUUUAAUCUCUCAUCGUCACGUCUGACUCAUUAUAGAUUUCAUAUAGGAUAUCAUUGUUAUAUACAUUAAGAGGAGAACGUACAUUAAACUAAAUUGGUUUCUUACGAUUUUCGAGAGACACUUCCCUUUCUAACGACAAGACAUCGGAAAGGUCCUUACGCCGAAAACAGGAAAACACAGAAGAUUGAGAGAAAGAGAGAGAGAAAAAAGAAAGAAACGUCUUUAUGUCGAAUGAUCAUUACUUACACUCCGCUAUGCAGUCUCUGUUCUGUUGUCUCGACAAUUAGAAUUAGAGGAAAUAAAAUCAAAGAUCUCAGGGAACCUCGUUUCGAAAGAGAUCCGCGCGGUUGUAUCUCGUCGCGGAAGUAAUGAAAAUUAAGAAUCAACUGCACGACAAGCGUGUGAAAAGAGAAGGCGGGAGAAGGACAAAAUUUAUUUCUACGCUUGGCCGUGUAUCUGCGAGUUUUUGCGGUUAAGAGAGAACCAACCAAAGUAGCGUAAAGGAUUGCGUUCCUUGGCGAUAUUAAAUAGAAAAAUCUGCGAAUUUUCUCACGCGAGAAUUGCGAAAUUGUACAAAUCUCGGGAGAUAUGCACACGCGUGCACAUGUGCGCAAGCAUACACGUAUACACAAUAUACACGGUAAUUCUCGAUGAAAUAGUGUCUCGUUUCGAAUUGAUCUCUCUCCUUUGCAUAAUUUACAUGUAUGCAAUGCAAUUGACUAUACAUGAAUAUAGACGUUAUAUUUCAGUGCCUUCUCACAGGCAGAAAGAAGUGUGCCUUAUUAUAUGGGUCUCUGUAAAGAGUUGCAUUGGAAAACAAUGAGCGAAAUACGGCGGAGCAUUUAGCGCUUUAACACAUCUGCGAAUGAGAAAUUUAUUGCAAGCCGAUGCCGACGGUGUUUUUACUUUUCAAACUAGGGAUAAUUGUCGAAAGUGAUUGUUAGCUUCAAUAAUUUCUUUUUUCCCGGUGAUUAUUGAAUUAUGUAAAACGUGAUUGAACGGAACAAAAAUUUGAGAGAGGUGUAGGGAAGCGCGAACUGGGAAUUUUAUAAUCUGUUUAUUUUUCUUUUUUUUCCUUUUUUAUGAAUCGCGCGCGUGAUCGUUUUGUUUCCAGAUCAGCAAGUGGAUUUACUCCUUUAGUCCUUAACGAAUCAAUGUAAUGAUAUUGUUAUUUAAUUAUAACCGUAGUGCAUGAGCGCGCACUGGACAUAAUCAAAUUGUGAAACGCGGCAAUCAAAAUUCAAACGUAUAGCGAAAUAAAUCGUAAUUUUUUGCAGGUAUGCAACCGCGGCCUCUGUUAUCUUGUUAAUUCGAUGAAGUCUAUUGUCCAGGUUUUGUUACAUCACGCGACAGCUGCGCUCACUUCCUCCUUUUUUCUUUUAAUUUCGUUUUCCUGUUUUAUAUAAUGAGAUGCGAUAUACUAUUUACAUAUUUACGCUAUUAUUUAAGACAUACUUUUCACAGACAUGACGCGUUUCUCAGCGAGUUCAUGCUGCUGGCGACGCGUGUCGCAAUGUAUAUUUACCGUUUAGAAAAGAAUUGCUAUUAAAAUCGAAUUUGAAUGAUCAAA